AUGCGACUCAUGAGAUAUGAGUAUGAGAUAUACCAUGUCCCUGGUAAAACGCUAUACACAGCGGACGCACUCUCUAGAUCGCCACAGCGAGAAAUUGGAAGAGGAGAGGAGGAGUUACAGACAGCGGUAGAAGCGUAUGUAGAUAGCAUCAUAGAAACUCUUCCUACAAGUGAGUCACUUCUAGAAGAAAUUCGGAGAAAACUGCAUGAGGACAGCGUUCUGAGAAUAAUCAUGAAGUACUGUGAGGAGGGCUGGCCUGGUUAUGAGUACCCAUCAAUCGACCUUGUCACUCGUCCUUUUUGGCAGAUAAGAGAGGAACUUUCCAUCUGUCAAGGUUUACUCAUGAGAGGGAAUCGACUUGUCAUUCCUACAGUUCUCAGAGCCGAGAUGUUGCAAAGAAUUCAUGAAGGACAUCAAGGGAUACUGAAAUGUCGGGAAAGAGUCAGGAAUUCAGUUUGGUGGCCAGGGAUAAAUCGUGAGAUAGAAGAUCUGGUGAAAAGCUGUUCGGUAUGUGUGAAAAACAGACAUGAUCAAGCUGAACCUCUACGACCAACCAAAUUCCCAGACAGACCAUGGGAGAUGUUAGGAACAGACUUGUUCCACCUGAAAAAUGACAACUACUUACUUGUCGUUGACUAUUUCUCUCGCUACGUUGAAAUAGCCAAGUUGAAAAGCACUACAUCACAGUCGAUCGUAAAUCAUCUGAAAUCGAUUUUCACUAGACAUGGUAUACCAGAUAUUCUGGUGUCUGACAAUGGACCACAGUAUUCUAGCUCAGUCUUUCAGACCUUCUCCAAGGAUUAUGGUUUUCGACAUCAAACAAGUAGCCCUCACUAUCCACAAGGAAAUGGUGAAGCGGAACGUGCCGUUCGGACUGUUAAGCGUUUGAUAAGAAAUGCAGAUGACCCGUACCUUGCAUUAAUGGCAUACCGAGCAACGCCAUUAAAGAAUGGAAGCAGCCCAGCCGAACUCUUAAUGGGGAGAAAACUUCGGACAACUUUGCCGGAAAAUCCUAGAAACUACUACCCGAAAUGGCCAGACUUGGAAAGAGUACGUCAAGUGGAAGUACAAUAUCGUCAGAAUCAAAAACUUAACUUCGACAAGUCAAGGAGAGCAAGACCAUUAUCUCAGUUGAAUACCGGAGAAACAGUUUGGGUGAAGGGAGAAGGAGGAGGAACAACUGGGACAGUCAAGGCCAGGACACAACAGAGCGACCGUUCUUACAUAAUUGAAACAGACAACGGACCAAUUCGCAGGAAUCGACGACACUUGGAACCAGCUAGUAUGUUGAAGGAUGAAGUAUUCGCGAGUGAUACUUUCGAUGAAGAUAACAACGCGCAGUGUGAAAAAAAAUUCUCCACGUGA